UGUUAAAAAAAAUUGAUGCUUCUUAGAGUGACCCAUCAAUGUUGCGGGUGGAUCCAAUUUCGAAUGAAAAAAAAAUAAAAUAAAAAAACUCUAGGAACAAAAGGGUUUGCAAUUUGCAUAAUAACUUGAUAAACCCCUCUCCUGAAAAUGGCACCAAAACCUUUCAACUUUCCCGCCAAACGUACAACCGCCAUUUUCCUUCUAACCGCAACCACAGCCGCCGCCGCCGCAGCUACUGCCAACUCCGACAACCUCUCCGCCGACAAAAUCAGAGCUCAAAUCCAUGGAAUCGUUCGCACCACUCGCGCCAUCUCCACGGUUGCUUCUACUGUCGUCGAUUACGAAUUCUCGCUCCGCGGCCUACAAAAGCAUUCCGAUCAGUAUCAUCAGACGAUUUCGCAGGUUCAUCAACGUUCUGCGGAGAGGUUUCUAAAGUUAUGUGAAGCUAACAAAGGGUUUUAUGUGAAAGCUGGACAAUUCAUUGCUUCACAGAAAGUGCUUCCGAGAGAGUACUCUUCAACUUUGUCUUCGUUACAGGACCAGGUUUCUCCUCUUCCUUUUAAAGUCAUUGAGAAAGUGUUGAAGGAUAAUCUCGGACCGGAUUUCUCUGAGAAGUUUUUGUCCAUUGAUGAACGACCUAUAGGCGCUGCAUCUAUUGCUCAAGUGCACUAUGCAGUACUAAAAAGUGGUCAAGAAGUAGCAAUCAAGGUGCAAUAUCCUUGGAUAGAGCAGCAGAUGCAUUUUGAUACAAGAACAAUGUAUUUCCUAUCAAAAACUAUUGCUUGGCUAUACCCUCAAUAUAGGUUUGAGUGGCUACCAUUAGCGUUUGCCAAAACUGUGUCUUCAGAACUAGAUUUUGUUCAGGAGGCAAGGAAUUCUGAGAGAGCAGCCAAAAAUUUCAGAAACAACAAAAUGGUCAGAAUUCCUGAUGUAUUCUGGGAGUUGACAACUAGGCAAGUCCUAACAAUGCAAUUUUAUACAGGACACAAGAUUGAUGACUUGGAUUUUCUGAAUGAGAUUGGAGUUGAUCCAGAAAAGGUAGCAAAAUCACUGAUUGAGCUAUUUGCUGAAAUGAUAUUUGUGCACGGUUACAUACAUGGUGAUCCACAUCCUGGUAAUGUACUAGUUUCUCCUGAAGGUCAUAAUGGUUUCUCUUUGGUUCUUCUAGAUCAUGCAGUCUACAGGGAAUUGGAUGAAGAAUUUAGAGAAGACUUUUGUCAGUUAUGGGAGGCUUUGAUUCUCAAGGACUCAAAGAAAACAAUGUGGCUUGGUGAGCGAUUUGGUGCUGGGAAGUAUUCUCGAUACUUACCCAUCAUUUUCACCGGAACAACUAUCGAAAGCAAAUAUUCUUCUGGAAUGUCGAUCAAGGAAAAAGAGACUAUGAAACAUGAAUUGAAAUCUCUGAUGUUUGAGGACUUGUUUUCAUUCAUGGAGUCUAUGCCGCCAGAUUUUAUUGCUAUAUUGCAUGUAGAUGCACUCCUGAGGUCUAUCAUUAGAAAGAUGGAUGUCUCACGGCUCAUCAGAUUGCUAACGUACACCAAAUAUGCAGUAUAUGGUCGUCUCUGUUCAAAAUUGGAUGGUGAACUGUGUAAAAUGCCAGAUUUUGCUGUGAAAGCUGUUUUCUUAAGUUUCAUAUCAACAUUAAGAUAUUUUCACAUCCUAAUCAAGGUCCUUAUUGGGGCUAUAUUUGAUAGUACCCCUUGGCGGCAGAAAGUGAAGAAUAUACAAAAUUACUUGAAUUGCAAGAUUGGUAGUAGUGAUUUCUGGGGCCUUCUGGUCCACUCUGCAUUUCUUCUUUUUUGUAUGCGUCCUAAUGCUUCGUUUUGAGCAUUGAAUUCUAUGUCUAGUGACGAGCUCCAUCCCGAUGCAGCUCGCAAUCUGUAAAUUGUAAAAAAAUGGAGGUCCAUCUUGCUGCUUCCUUCUAACAGGAGUGUUAUACUUAUAUUACCUUUCCAAUUACAUAUUUUCUGUCAAAUGUCAAAGACUGCGUAAAAUAACAAAUAAUAUAAUUAAAAAUUCUCAUACUGAAUGAUAAAAGUUACAUAUUUUUAGUGCCGAA